AUGGACGCUGAAGACAGGAGAAGACACCUGAUGAAAACUGACAUCACAGUCCAGGUGGGCGGAGGAGGCGGGGCCAGACGCACCCUUAGAGGAGUCCUGAGCAGGUCAUCAGGACGCUCUCGCCUCAGCGGCUGGAGGAAGGUUAAAGGUCACCUGUUGGAGGGAGGGUGGAGCCUCGUGGCGUUCAUGUCCGGGCUGGUGUUGGCGUCUCUGUACGGCAUCACGGCUCUGUUUCUGCAGAAGCAGCCUCUGUGGUUCUGUGUGUACACCACGCUGGCCCUGGCUCUGCUGGCGGCGUUCGGUCUGGGACUGUCGGUCGGAGUCCGGGCCGACGUCACCGUGAUGCUGCCCUCGCUCUGCUCAGGUCACGGCAGGAAGUUCCUCCUCUUCCUGUUCGUCUCGGUGUUGCUGUCCGGCCCGCUCGCCAACACCUUAGAAAACACGGAGCGAGCUGCUGCCAGUCUGCUGUGUGGAGCUGAGCUGGCAGCCAAUCAGACGCAAGAACUGAUGCAGAGAGCAGCCACGCCCCUCUUCUCUGUGUUGGACAGAAUCAGACAGAUCAGCAGUAACGCUCAUGCUGUCGCAGGACGAGUCCACAACUUCAUCCAGGCUCUGAGUGACAGCGUCCAACAUGUUGCUCGCAUUCUGAGGAACGUCCUCCACUUCCUGGUGGACAUCGGGGACGUCUGUAACGCCAAACUGGGCUCUCCGUACAGGAAGUGUCGGGCGGUGUUCGCCGAGGCUCGGGCCGACUGCUCCGACCUGCUGGGAGAAGACUUCAACUUCCUGUGUGACAUCGUGGACGGCUUCCUGCCGCUCUGCAAGCUCGCCCGCGCUGCCGAGCUCUUCUGCAUCAUCCCCUCCUACAUCGCCAAACAACUGAAGAAACACCUGGCAGCUCCCACCAUCGCAGCGUUUGAGCGAAUGAAGCGCGAGUUUGAAUUCAACAUCUCGGCAUCGGUGACCUUUGACCUGGACGCCAACAGCAGCCGCUCGCUGCAGCAGGUGUCUCAGGACAUCAUGGAGGAGGUUUCAUCAGACCUGCAGGUGUUUCAGAGCCUCAGCGGAACAUUAAAGUAUGGCGGCCUCGUGCUGCUCGCCUGCUCCUUCCUGAGGGCGGUGAGGUACAGACGCAGGUAUCUCCGUGAGCUCGACUUUGACAACAUCUACAUCAGCUCUCAGUUUGAAGAGCUCGACCAACGGGUGACCUCAGGGGGCGGAGCCUCAGUCCUGCCAAUCACAAGCAGAGAGGCCAAGAUCUACAUCACACCAUUGUCGCUGCACCUGUCGAGCAGAGAGCGGCGGGUGGUAAUGAUGGGCGUGGUCUCGGUCCUCAGACACCUGGUCAUGGGGGGUCUGCUGGUGGCGCUGGACUUCCUGGUGUUCUGGAUGCUGGAUCAGGUGCACCACCAGGUGACGGGGGAUGUUGUGGCCCGAGCUCCGGUCACCGUGGCGGUGCAGGUGAACGGAUCCGGUUUCGCCUCAGACAUCUUCAGAGACCUGGUGGCUUCGUUUAACGUCCUGCAGGAAGGAAACAUCACAGUGAUCAGCAGGAAGUGUGUGGUUCAGCCGUCAGAGCCAAACUACAGCACCUGCUUCAUCCUAGGGUUCCUGCUGGGUCUGGCUCUGCUGGUCUCUCUGACCGGAGGAUUCGUCCAGCGCUGCAGACGAGUCGCCUGUUCUUCAUAUCACCCAGAGAGAGAGCUGGACAGGAUCCAGUUCCUCCGUCAGAGGAUCCUGGACCAGAGGAGGACGGAGGGGGACGCCCUGAGGAGGUCUGCAGUCCGGAGCCACGCUGACCGAGGAAGAGGAGGAGGAGGGCGUCACCUUCAGAGCCUCUUGCUGUGGUUACCUGGAGGAGUUCACCUGUCUCACCUGCUGGGUCUGUCACCAUCAGUCACCUGUCUGGCCUGUGGAGAGGAGGUGAGGUCAGAGGAGGAUGUGGUCACCUGUGACGUCCCACGGUGUUCAGGCCUGUACUGUCGGCCAUGUUUCCACAGUCUGGGAAACAUGUGUGUCGUCUGUAUGCGACCUCUGACCUUCCAGGAAGAUGGCGAGGAGGAGCUAGACUCCAGUGAUGACGAUCAGCUGACUCUGUGGUCUGCAGCUCUGAACUCGACUCACCUCACUGACCCGCGAGCCAGGAGCCUGAUGAAGAGGAGGAUCACCAUGGCAACGUGCCGAAGACUGACUGAUCUGCCUGAUGUCAGUGAAGCAGACAUGACGUACCAGGACCGACCCGAGUCAGAUGAGUCCGACGAGUCCGACAGCGACGCCUCCUUCUACUCCACUUCCUCCACAACGCCCAGCAGACACCAGGACGAUACCCUGGUCACAGUCGUCAUACACCAGCCACACUGUCCCCAGAACCCUCCAGGACCCCCCAGGACCCUCCAGAACCCUUCAGGACCCCCAAGGACCCCCCAGGACCCUUCAGAAAAACCCACAGGACUCUCCAAAACCCUCCAGAACCCCCCAGGACCCCCCCGGACCCCCCAGGACCCUCCAGAACCCCCCAGAACCCCCCAGGACCCUGAAUUAGAGCUGUGUGUUGGUUCGAGCCGAGGUUUCACUUUGUGAUUAAAGUUGUUAAAGACUGAAUCUGAAUUAUUGAACAGCCCACCCCUCCUUACUCACACAGCUUUUAUUCUGAAGGUACAAAGUCUUACAAACAUAUAUUAUUGAAGUUUAUUUUAUUAUUGAUUGUUCAGAUGAUUCAUUUGUUGACAUGGGUUUCCGUGGCGAUGAGGAGUAAAGACACAUUAGCUGACAGUUUAGUGUGUAAACAUUAAAGCCGCUCAGAGACUGAUGUGGACAGGAUGUUGUGGAGGGAAACAUUCAAACUUCUGUCGGAGCCGAGGGUGAAGAGGUGAACAGGUCCGACAGGUGGUAACUGUCACUUACCUGUUUGGAUUGUUUAACUAACGAGUCGAGGCAUUGAGGACUCAUCAGUUAGUCUGGUUAACAAGACUGAAGCAGCUGCUCAGUCACUGUUAAAGUACAACUGAGACUCUACAGUGUUUAAUGUUCCUUCACCUGUCCCUCACCUGUCCCUGUCCUCCACCUGUCCUGUACCUCCUCCACCUGCCCUCUACCUCCUCCACCUGUCCUCUACCUCCUCCACCUGUCCUGUACCUCCUCCACCUGCCCUCUACCUCCUCCACCUGCCCUCCACCUGUCCUCUACCUCCUCCACCUGUCCUGUACGUCCUCCACCUGUCCCUGUCCUCUACUUGUCCUCUACCUCCUCCGCCCGUCCUCCACCUGUCCUGUGCCUCCUCCACCUGUCCUCCACCUGUCCCCACCUCCGUGGAGGAGCCCAAACACAGAGACGAGAGGGAACACUAGACGACUCUGUGUCU